CCUCCGCCGUCUUUUCCGUUCUCAUUCCGGACUUGCUUUUCCAAAGACAAUCGGCGGCUGCAGUUGCCAGGAGUGCUAAACACCCAACCAUUGAGUACUCCCUCGCACAGCUACCUCCCUCUUCAUUGCUACGACCUCCCUCCCGUCCUGCCCACCCGGCCACCACCAUAGACCAUGGGGUCAUCCUACCUCCAACUCCAGGACCCCACCCUCGAACGCUCCUUCCGCGGCCACAAAGAUGUAGUCACCUGUCUGUCGUUCAAGCCCACCAUGACUCAGCUGGCGUCCGGGUCGCUCGACAAUUCGGUCAUGGUGUGGAACUUUAAGCCCCAGUUUAGGGCUUUCCGGUUUGUGGGACAUAAGGGUCCGGUAACGAACGUAGAUUUCUCGCCAAAAGCCAACCUUCUCGCGAGCUCGUCCCGGGAUAAAACCGUGCGGUUAUGGACCCCAAAUGUAAAAGGGGACGUGACGGUGUAUAAAGCGCAUACAUCGGCUGUGCGGACUGUUCAGUUCUCGUCAGACGGGUUGUCGCUGCUUACUGCCUCGGAUGACAAGACUAUCAAGCUGUGGUCGACCCACCGAACAAAGUUCCAAUACUCACUCUCCGGGCACCUGAACUGGGUACGCACCGCGAAGUUCUCCCCUGAUUCACGGUUAAUCGUGUCCGGAAGCGACGACAAAUCCGUAAAACUUUGGGAUCUCGGGACGAAGAGCUGCGUCAAGACGUAUUGGGAUCAUACCGGGAUGAUAUCCUCGGUAGCUUUCCACCCAUCCGGCACCGUCGUCGCAACGGCAUCCUCCGACCGCUCCAUCAAGAUCUUCGAUAUCCGAACACAUAGAUUGCUGCAACAUUAUGGGGAUGCGCACGGGUCUGCCAACGGGGAUCCCGCUGGCGGGGCGGGUGUGAACAGUGUCGCGUUUGGUGGGCCGGGUGGAGAGUGCCUGAUCAGUACUGGGUGGGAUGGUGUUGUCAAGAUAUGGGACCUAAAGGAAGGCCACCUAUUCUACACGCUGCAUGGCCAUAAGAAUGGACCAACGACCGCAGCAACUUUCUCUGUGAUGGGAGAUUACUUUGCGACGGGCGGAAGCGAUGCGCAGGUCAUGGUGUGGAAGAGCAAUUUCGAUUCUCUGGCUCAGGACGAGGGUGCCGCUGAAAUCGGCCAGGAUCAGUCCACACAACGACCCAUCCAACCGCUCCCCCAACCCCGCGCCCUCAUAGCCGAACCCACCCUCCCCUCCCGCACCCGAAGCAACAGCCCCAUCCGCCAACUCCCCAUACGAUCCACCGUCGGCACAACCGCCCGCUCCAUACCUACCUCCACCACCAUCCCCUCCACCUACGUUCCCACCCCUGCGUCCGCCGCAUACACCUCCGCUCCAACCUCCGCCACGACCCACCCACCGCCGGCCCCACCCAUCAUCGACGUCGGUGCCGCCAUCUUCGCGGAACAGGAACUUGAGGGAGUCGACGCCGCAGCUUCUUCUCGCCCACUCACGCGCGAUAACACACAGACCAAUCAUCAAUUGCAGCAGCAACUCCAUCGGGAGAGGGAGAAGGAACGGCCGGCGUACUCUGCGUCGUCGUACUCGGCGCCCUUGGAAGUGAGGACGAUCCCCGACGAGCUGGCGUCGACGUUGCAGCAUAUUGUGCGGCAGGUGGAUGUUUUGACGCAGACCAUGAGUAUUCUUGAGAGCCGCCUAACAAUGAACGAAGACCGCGUCGUGGACAUGUCCCAACGCUUCAGCGACGCCGUCGAGCGUAUCGAGUGGAUCGCGAAUCGGAUUGAUCUCACUGCGGGGGCGACUGCUGCUAGCCAGGCUAGUCUCUACGGCGGCGGUGGGGCUAGUGGGAGUGGGGGGAGUGGCACUGGGAGUGGUGGUGCAGGCGAACCCUCGUCUUCUACCAUGCGUGGACAGGCGGUGCCUGUUAAGGCGGGCGCUGGAUCGGGAGAGGGCGAUGGAGGCCGGUGAACGACGAACCAAAGUAAUAGAAUGGAGAGCUGGGGUUCUUAGGCCGCAACCCUCACACAACCCCUUCUACACGUUUUUGUAAAAACCAAGGAAGGAGCUCGAGUAAGCAAGGUUGAUAUUCCUGCAACGGCGAAGAGGGAGCCAAUGGUGU